AUGCUUGCCGCCAAUAGUUUAAGACAACUCCAAGUUAAAGUAUUCACUUUAGCAAGACAAAAUCCAAAGACAACUCUAGCUCUGGUUGGUGGUGCUACCGCUUGUGACUAUUUACUUAUCAAAAGCUACCUUCAAUCCAACUCUGACUCCAAGCAAUAG